GGAUAAGGAUCGGGAUAAGGAACACCGGCAGGACAGGGAUACAGGGAUAAGGAUCCGGUAGGGAACAGCCUGCCCAGGUGGAAUCGCGGUCCCUUGGAAGUGUUCAGAACCAUGUGGAUGUGGGGACACGGGUUAGCGGUGGCCUUGGCAGUGCUGGGUUAAUGUCUGGACUGGAUCAUAAAUGCCUUUUUCAACCUCAAUGAUUUGUGAUUUAAUGAAAUAUAUUUCAUAAUAUGAGGUCAGCGUCAGGUGGGAAUCUUUAUUAAUGAUAGUAACAAUGUAAAAUAACAAGCCCCACACCCAAACAAGUCUGGAAAAGGUCAGAAAAAGAGAUGAAAGUUGCAGUUUGGGGUUUUUUGUUUGGUAGUUGUAUUCCUUUGGGGAAAAAAUGAAAAGAAACUUUUCUAUGGUUUCUAAAAAAGUAGUUACAGCAAUUAUUGCCAAAACUGUGAUAUACAUAUCCUAAACUUUUAUUUUAUAUAAUUAACAGAUAUCCUUCAGUAGGCUGUGCUCCAGAAUUAACUUUUCCUAAAAGAUACAGGGAAUAGAACUGUCGGUUCUGUGUUUUGUUACUGGCACAUAUUGGUUAUAAUCCUAUAAUUCUAAAUUAAUUUUUUCUAGACAUGUGUUACAUAUUUGAAAGAAUGCAGAAACACAAGCUCUUUUCUUAGCAUGCUGGUUUUUAGGUCUGUAAAAACUUUGUUCUCAGAACUAAGUUAUGCUAAUGCCUUUUAUUUCCUCAUAUUUCCAGUGGGUUUCCUGUUUGAGAGAAUAAUCAGAUUCAGUGAAGUGUCUGUGCAGAGCAGCUCCUUGAAGAUAAUUAUCCCUGCCAGCAGAGUGAUUGGACAGGUUUCUGGCGAGAUGACGGCGGUGGAGAAGGUGGAGGAGCAGCUGGCGGGGCUGCGCAUAGCCAGGCGCUGCGAGCCCAGCGAGGAGCCCGCCUACCUGCUGGACAUCCACAGCUCCAGGGCUGCCCAGCCCGGGAGCAGCCGCCUCGUGGCCGUCUCCUGCUCGGACGAGUCCCUCCGGGUGUACGACGGGGAGACGCUGCGCUCCCUGCGCCGGUACCGCGGCCCCGCCGGCGGCCUCAGCGGCGUCAGGUUUGCCCACACCUGUGACAGCCUGGUGUUCUCAGCCUGCAGCCACGGCAAGGUCAAGUGCUGGGAUGUUCGCUCAGACACGCAGAAGCCCGUGCAGGUGUUCAGUGGCUACCCUUCCAACGUCUUCAUCAGCUUCGACGUCAGCUGCGGCGACAUCGUUGUUUGUGCCGGAACGGAAAAAGUGGAAAAGGACGCGUUUCUGGUGUUUUGGGAUGCGAGAGGCAUUACAGACUGUGCCAGUGCUGCUAAAGAGCCCUUGGGAGUUUAUUCUGAAAGUCACAAUGAUGACAUCACCAAAAUCUGCUUUCAUCCUGUUGAACCCAAUUUGCUGGUGUCUGGGUCGACUGACGGCUUGGUGAACGUGUUUGACAUCAACAAGGAUAAUGAAGAUGAUGCUUUGAUAUCGACUUGCAAUUCAGAUUCAUCAGUGAGUUCUCUUGGCUGGUCUGGGGAAGAUUACAAACAGGUCUAUUGCGUGACACACGAUGAGGGGUUCUGCUGGUGGGACAUGGCUCAGCUGGACACAGAGGAGCCAAUAACCCUGCUGCACGUUCUGGAUGUCAGAGAGUCAGUGUGCGCUGAAAACCACGGCCUGCAUUACCUGGUGGGUGGCUUGUACCACGAAAAGGCAGGGAAACUCUUCCUGAUCGGGGGAACCUUCACAGGAGACAUCCACCUGAUCAGCUGCAGCACUGAUGGCCUGAGCCUGGUGGGGACCCUGUGUGGGGGACACUCGGCCACCGUCCGCUCCUUCUGCUGGAGCCCCUCAGACGAGUCUCUGCUGACGGGUGGAGAGGAUGCUCAGCUGUUGCUAUGGAAACCCGGGGCUGUGGAAAGGUCCCUCACAAAGAAAGCAUCUCUGAAGAUCUCUUCUUCCGUGCAGAAGAGAGUGAGAGUUCACAGCACCUCCCUCAAAAGCAAGAAAAAGUGAAUUGCCUGGAGUGAGAAUCUCUGCUGUGUAGAGCUUUCCUGGUGUUCAGUCUCUCCAGGCAAUACUUGCCAUGUUUUAUUUGGAGGUUUUCUGUUGAAAGAACCAUGGUGCUUGAAUUCCCUCUGGGAAUGUAUUUCAGUCAUCAGAAGAAUGCCUUUUUUUUUUUUUUUUUUUUUAGGUUGCUAAUAUUAAUCAGACAAGAGUAAAUGUUUGCUCCUGAGUUCUUGAACAACAGAUGCUAAAUCAUAUUAUAUAAAACUGUUUCUGUGGUUAUUUAAUGUCUCAGACAAUGUUUUAAAUAUGUAAAUACAGGCCUAUGGAUUGCAUAGUUUGUUACCUUCCCAAUGAUAUUCCCCUGGCACAUUUUAAAAGCUUUUGUAUUCCAUGCUGUAUUCUUCUUUCUUCACAGAAAACUUAAUGAAAUUGCUCAAUUUAGUAAAAGAUUUUAUGUCACA